AUGGAAGAAAAAGAAAUUCCUUUGAAAUUAUUGUGCAUGGCGUGUUUGUGCGUUGAGCGUACACUACACAGGAUUGCAGAUGAAAAAAUGAAACAAUUCUAUGUAAAUACUUUCAAUGAAAUACCGUUGUGCAACACUCCUAUAGUUAAUAUUCACGUCUGCUGGGAAUGCGAUGCUCUCACGAGGAAGGUCAUUAAGUUCAAGGAGCAGGUGCAAGACUCCUACAGAAUCCUACAGACUUAUUCUACAGAGAAUCUUCAAGAAUGCUUGCUAUCGGAUGUUGUGCGCUCGCCGCGACUCUGUCAAGGGAAAGUGUCUACUUUGUCAAUAUUACCGACUCAGGAGACGAAUACUCAGUGUACAUCACCUGGCGACAACCUGAACGAUGACUUGAAAAUUGAUUGGGACAAAAAAGAAACUUCUUUGUAUAUCAGUGAAGAUUACGACGAUGAUCGCCCUCCCAGUGUCACUGUUGACGCUCUAGAUGUUGAAAUCGAAACACUCAUCGAUAGGGCUAAGAAGAAAAGCAAAACGAAAGACAAGAAGAAGAAACCUAAAAAAACAACUAAACCCAAGAGAACUCGGAACGGAUUAGAGGGACGAGGCGAUUACAUUUGCCCGAUAUGUAGCACCAUCAUAACAUCACUGGAAUCCUUCACAGCGCACUAUAAGAGGCAUUUAAGAAGAUACGAGUGUAGCGUCUGCCAGUGGAGAACGACCGAUAUGAAGGUGAUGCAGCAACAUUAUUACACUACACACGGGAUAUCGCUCAAGCAGUACAAAUGCGACGUCUGCGGCAAGAUAUCCAACUCCAUGGACACACACAGAUACCACAAAGAUUCCCACAAGGCUAGAGUGCAGUGCACGGAGUGCGAUAAAACGUUUACGCAUAGAGCAGGGCUUCUGAACCACAGACUGUCUGUCCACGAGUUGAACAACGCGUUUCCCUGCACUGUAUGCGACAAGGUGUUCCGCUGGAAAACCAGCCUCAAGAGACAUCUCGAGAAACAUGAUCUGAAGGACAAGUCUUCAACGGCGGCGUAUUGCAACACUUGCGGCGUUACUUUCGCGUCGGUGUGUUCCUACCAGCGACACAUGAGGAACAGUCUACGACAUGUCACACAGGAACAACUCAGAUACGUUUGCGAUCAUUGCAAACGACGUUUCGCCGACAAAACUAAACUGCGGGACCACAUCGAAGAGAAACACUUGCACAAGACCUACCAUUGCCACAUAUGCUUGAAGCCGUCUAAAAACCGCGUGGGCCUCGACCAACACAUCAGGAACGUGCAUAAAGGCAGGCCCAACAACAAGAUGUGCCAUCACUGCGGCAAAGGGUUUCCCACUAAAUUGCAGCUGGAAUCUCACAUCAGAACUCACACGGGCGAGAGGCCGUUUAUAUGCGAAUUUUGUCCUACCACGUUCUCUCAACAGUCUAAUCUAUACAAACACAAUAGACAGGUACACUCAAAUAUAAAAUCUAAACGUUAUAAUUCGACCAAGAAGAGAAAAGAAGAUAAGCCCGUAGAUGUACCAGCAGAAGGCGCGAUGGACCCUUACCGCCCAGGCGCGGUAUUACAGUACUCGCCGGACAGAGGGUUCGUUAUGUGA